AUUCGAAGAAGUGAAGCGGAUGCUGAAAUUGCUUCUUUGGCCAAUGCUUUGGAAUGUCCUGUUCUAAGCAACGACAGCGACUUCUUCAUCUUCGAUGUUCUAGGUGGUUUUAUUCCACUCCGCUCUUUCAAGUGGCAGAGAUGUCCUUCAAAAGCCCGCAUUUUCUAUCGCAGAAAAUUGGCACAGUAUUUUGGAAUUCACACAGAAUUGCUUUCUCUAUUCGCCUCUUUAGUGGGAAAUGAUUACGUAACCUCGCAAUUAUGACAGCCAUUCCUCCAUAGAUUGCUGGGAACUUCUAGAGGAAAAGAAAAAAAGUUCCAAAAGAUCAGCAAGCUUCUUUCACAAGCACCCACAGCAGAAAAGGCUAUAGAAUUUGUGUUUCGAAGUGUUCCUGGGAAGAAUGAGUUAAGACGAGCUGUCGAGAUUUCUCUCCAGGAAUACACGAUCACAGAGACGCGUUUGGUAGGAUAUUUUUUACGCAACGAUGUCUCAAGCCUUCUGAAAUCUCAAAACGACCAAGAAAUCGAAGAGUGGGUUUUGAGCUGGUUCCGCGAUGGAAGGUUUCCCACCAGUUGUAUGAGCUGCUUGGUGUCGGGGAAAGUCUUGCUCAAAUUUCAAGUGGAAAAUUUUCACGCAAUGUCGUCGAAUCGGUGCUCUCAGUCUCUGAGAAAAUUCACGUAUGGAAUUUUAGCUAGUGCCCCGUUGGAAGGUGGGAAGAGAACGACGGUUCAAGAAUGGGACAGAGAGGGUUUUCGGGUGAAGCCUUCAAGUAUCUCACCCGCCGACGGUGAAAACAUACCAUGUUUGCGUGAGAUACCAAGCCUCGAUCCGGAUAAGAGGUUGGCGAUGUAUUUAGACGCGCUUCAUUCUAACACAACUGAAAUCAAGUCAUUGCCAGAGGAGCUUAAGUUAGUCGGAGCAUCACUUCGGUUUCUGUACAGAAAAGCAAACCCAAAAUUGGAGUCCAGUCAUCUGUCCGCCAUACUCUGGGGUUGUGUUAAACUGGAGGAUGGCUCAUGGAGAGAAUGUUUAGAAAAUUCCAAAAACCAACCCUUCGAUGUGCAAGCGGCACACACCUUUUCUCAGUGGCAGUGUGUUUUGAGAGAUGCCAUCCAUCUAAACCGUGUUUUGCAAGAGCCCGUUCCGACACCAUACAUUCGCAAUAUUUUCAAUGGACAACUAGUGCAUAACCUACAGAGGAAAUUGGCAAGAGAUUUUUUUCCAAGAUCCUUGAUUCAAACUCGAGAAAGUUUUUCUCGGUAUCAGGAGCUUUAUACAGCGAUUACUGCCAAACAGGACGAAGAAGAAGAAGUUACUGCCGGGAUGCAGAAGUUACAAUUACAGGCAUCAAAAAAGUCAUGGCGAAGAAUUAGCGACAGGCCCUCUGAGGGGGACAAAUUGCCUGAUGCCAAAUCAAAAGUUGGAGAAGAGGAGGAGGAAGAAAUUGAAGUGGAGAUAUCAGAUGAAGAAGAUACUUUGCCAAACCCUGCAGAUGCCAAAAAGACUAGGAUCAGGAGAGAAAGAAUAACAGACAAGGGAGACACAUGGAAUCUUCCAGAAGCAGCUGAGCAGAUGUCCAGUGAUGAUGAUGAAGACGAAGAUGACUUUCCUCCCGAUGAUGAUGAUGAUGAUGAUGAGGAUCUCGAUAGUACUAGCGAUGGCAGCGAUAAGAUUCGAGAAGUAAUCGGGCAGAUGGAACAAUCAGCAAUUCAAGAAGAAGAGGGAGAAGAGUUAGAGAGUGAGCAGGAACAAGAUCCAGACAGGAUAACGAUACAUAAAGAAACACUCACUAGAGAGGACGUACACUGGAAUAUCAAGCUAGGAGCUGUGCACCUAGCCUUUCCUCGUGACGCUGUAUCUGAGCCCACCCUGAUAACGGUCCACCGAUGGAAACCCACAGUCCUUUGCCCUCCUUUGCAGGAGCACGAGGCUCUUGUCAGCAACGUGAUUGAAAUUUCUUCCAGCAGUCAGGAAACUUUCACGUUUAAAGCUGAAGUUAAGAUGUCAUUCGCUCACAGUUCUCCCGGCCUACACGGCUACGAAUUGGUGUUGUACAAACUGAUCCACAACGAGACUGCUGCAUGGGAAGAGGUGAUUGGUGUGGAAGACUUCAGAACUAUCUCAGAUUUUGAAGAAGAGUAUAAAUCUAGCCAUGAAAUUCCCAAUUUACACUUCCCUGUUGUACAAGCGGAUAUCACAGAAUGCGCCACAUAUGCAGUAGUCAGUCGUCUCCAUCUUUCCCCUGAAUUCACGAUUACACCAACUGGCGGUUCCUUCAUCAUGCCUGAAUAUCCAAGUGUGAGUGUUACUAUCCCGAAAAAGGCUGUUACUGCGAAAACAAGGAUUCUUCUUCGAAUGAAGGUGCAAGAAGUACCAGGUGAAGAGUUUGUGGUUAACGAUAUACUCAUUGGACCUGUACUGCGAAUAGUGUGCGACGAAAUGGUUGAGUUCUUGAAGCCUGUUACCAUCACGCUGCCAGUUUCUUUGGGAGACACGCACCACGACUUUCCUAAUCCAACGACAUGCCGAGUUAGAAUAUUGUUUCUGAGUUCUGAU